ACGUCAUUACGUACGACGUCGGUACUUUGUGCGCGGGAGCUUUGGUUAUCAAACAGCGGCGUUUGAGGGAAAGAAGAAGUAGUAGGCAGGUAAAAAUAAAACCUGCAGGUAGACCGAACUAAACAUCCAGUUUCACGGAAAGCACACAGGUUUUCACACUCAGACCAUGGCCAUGAGAAGCGAGGCCAGAGUGGAGGCGGAGGUAGAAGAGGAGGAAAACUUUGGGCCACAGCCUCUGUGCAGACUGGAGCAAAGUGGAAUCAGCGCCAGUGACAUGAAGAAGCUGGAGGAUGCAGGGUUCCACACCAUCGAAGCAGUGGCCUAUGCACCCAAGAAGGAGCUACUCAACAUCAAGGGCAUUAGCGAGGCCAAAGCCGACAAAAUUCUAACUGAAGCUGCCAAACUGGUGCCUAUGGGCUUCACCACAGCAACCGAGUUCCACCAGAGGAGAGCAGAGAUCAUCCAGAUCUCUACUGGCUCAAAGGAACUAGACAAACUCCUGCAGGGUGGCAUUGAGACGGGUUCAAUCACAGAGAUGUUUGGAGAGUUUCGGACGGGGAAGACCCAGCUGUGCCACACACUGGCUGUCACCUGUCAGCUGCCUAUUGAUCAAGGAGGUGGAGAAGGUAAAGCCAUGUACAUCGACACAGAGGGAACCUUCAGACCGGAGAGACUCCUCGCUGUAGCUGAGAGGUAUGGGUUGGUGGGGAGUGACGUUUUGGACAACGUGGCCUACGCCCGGGCCUUCAACACAGACCAUCAAACUCAGCUGCUGUAUCAGGCUUCUGCCAUGAUGGCCGAGUCCAGGUAUGCUCUGCUGAUAGUGGACAGCGCCACAGCUCUGUACAGAACUGACUACUCAGGCAGAGGAGAGCUGUCGGCCAGACAGGGACACCUUGGACGUUUCCUCCGCAUGUUGCUCAGGCUGGCAGAUGAGUUUGGCGUUGCCGUGGUGAUAACCAACCAAGUGGUGGCACAGGUGGACGGGGCGGCUAUGUUUUCCGCAGAUCCCAAAAAACCAAUCGGUGGCAACAUCAUGGCCCACGCCUCCACCACACGUCUGUACCUGAGGAAGGGCAGAGGAGAGACCAGGAUCUGUAAAAUCUACGACUCGCCGUGCCUGCCAGAGGCUGAAGCCAUGUUUGCCAUCAACGCUGACGGAGUGGGCGACGCCAAGGACUGAGGUGGCAGCAGAGGAGCAGGAAGCAGCAGGUUGGGGUAAAUGCUACUCUCACACCUGCUGAACUCCUGGACUUGGACUGUCUUGUGUACAUGUGUGGGCUUCCUCCCAUCACACAAAACCUCUCACUGGAGGUGGAGGUCAGAGGCUGCAUGAUGUGAUGGUUUCAUGCUGAGAAAGACUAUCGAGAUCUGACCUUCAGGGACUCAGUGGUGCAACACGAUAUUCUCUGCAGCAUAUUGUAUUCGACAACAAAUAUUCAUCCUGCGAUUAUGACUUCAUCAUAAUUGUAGGAUUUGUCUCUGCUGUUAAGAGAAACUAGCUCAUAAUUGACUUAGUGUGUCCAGAAAUUUAAAAAACUUCAUGAGGUCUUGAUCAUGUAAUGAAAUCCAAACUUCCCUGACCAGUAUCUAAUUCGUAUGAAAACUAUAACAUGGCCUUUACGUAUUGUGGUUGUGAGAUCUUUGUUGUGUAAUUACAAAAAAUGGAAAUGCCCAAAGAUCUCAUAAUUAGAGCUGUAACAUUUCUGUUGAGUACAAUGUGCUGCUGUGGUUCCAUCUAUGGAGUGGCCAAAAGUAAUAAUUUUGUAAAAUCAUUGUUAAUAGUUUGAGAUCUUUUUCGUUAUCUUUGUGUUGAUAAUUUCGGCUGAGUGGCGUGUUCGGUUUUGUACGUUUAAUAGGAAGUGCUUUGCAGUGAAUGCAGCCGAAACUAAUUUUUUCAUGAAAGCCUUCCUAGAAAACUGCACUUUAACGUAGUUAAAGAAAGGAAUGUUUUCAUCUCUCGCCAGCUACACAACUACUGUUUGACCCUUCUCUGUUUGUUUUCACUAGAAUCCUCUGUAUAUAUACACUUAGAGAUAAAUUCAAUUUGUUUUACGAUUAAAA